CUGUCGAUGGGGGACGAUCCGGGAAGGCUUUAUCGUUUGGAUGGAGUAGCUCAUAUCGCCGGUGUGAUCAACGACGAGCCUCGUCGUUGCAUAUCCAGUGUUAGGCGGCAACAGGGGAUGCGUCUUGAUGAGAGGUAUGUCCCGUACUUGCAGAUGGCGGGACUUUACCAUCUUGCGAGACUGAACGACAGAUGGUUCCGACUAGACGAGCCCCUAGUCAGCGCAUUCGUCGAGAGGUGGCGGCCUGAGACGCACACCUUCCACAUGCCGUUCGGAGAGUGCACUAUCACGCUUCAGGACGUCGCAUACCAGCUGGGGUUGCCAGUCGACGGAGAUUAUGUUAGUGGUUGCCUUACGGACUUCCACCUUUACAUUGAGGGUGGGAGACCUGCUUGGCAGUGGUUCCAUGAGUUGCUUGGUGUUUUACCUCCGGAGAACCAGGUGCAGAAAUUCGCAGUCAACUGCACCUGGUUUCAGGAGACAUUCGCAGAGUGUCCAGAUGGGGCAGAUGAAGAGACAGUUAGGCGAUUUGCCAGGGCCUACAUCAUGAUGUUAUUGGGUACGCAGCUGUUUGCCGACAAGUCCGGCAAUCGUAUACACAUCAGAUGGCUACCAUAUGUUGCUCGGCUUGAGGAGAUGGGUCGCUACAGUUGGGCGUCGGCGGCACUAGCAUGGCUGUACAGGUGCAUGUGCCGAGUCGCCAACAGACAUGUUGUGAAGUUAGCUGCCCCAUUACAGUUAUUACAGUCGUGGAUCUUCUGGAGGUUUCCCACACUCAGACCAUCUGGGUAUGAUGAGAUCAGCUGGCCCCUUGCCUCGAGAUGGUCUGGUUACAACCCUGGGAUUAGCAACAAGGGACCUCGGGUACAGAUGGCUCGCAUGAAGAUCGACUUGUUACAGCCUCGGCAGUUCAUAUGGAUGCCCUAUAGCGCAGUCGACGUCAUCCAGGUUGUCCAUCCUGAGGUGUUGGAGCCUCGGCAUACGAUGUUAUGGCGAUGCAGGACGUCCCUGAUUUAUUUUGCGGUUGUCGAGUGGCAUCAGGUUGAUAGAGUUUUACCUCAGUUUGGCGGCGUUCAGCCCAUACCGUCUCCCGCCCUGAACAUCGACUUCCUGAUGUCGAAGGACGGGAGAGGAGGUGACCGUUGGUUCCCGGCACAGUACCCUGAGUGGCAUCUUUACUGGCAGGAGCGUGCUGAUUAUAUUCUACAGUUUGACAUCGUGCCCGACCCUGGACCGUCACAUGAGUUCUUGACAUGGUGGUAUCAGCACGGGAAGAGGUUUUUAUCGCCGGAGAUGUUAUUGGGGGAUCCGAGAGGUGUUCCUAUUCCAGAUGAGGCGACGCAGAGGGGUGCAGGCCGACUUCCAGACAUGGACCGGGUCGAAGAUGUUCCUGACAGACGUCGCAUUGAGAGGAGAGCACGAGUUGGGACACGUCGUAGCCAGCGUGAGUGGAACUGGGUAGAUCAGGCUAUGGAUGCCGGGGACGACCCAGUUAGGGGUGGGGGGAGAGUUCGUGGUCGUGGAGGCAGGAGGAGGGUGGGUGCUGCUAGACAGGGUGCCCAGAUGCCUGGGGGAGGUGAUGUUGCGGGGGUUGAUAGGGCGCAUCAGGGCGGGCAUGAUGGUGGGUCCCCUGGAUCUGGUAUGGGAGAUCCCACGAGUCACACUGAUGCUGGGCUUGGUGGUGGAGGUCUUGGAGAUUACUUCGUAGGUGUUCCCGGUGAUGAUCAUACCCUUCAGGAUAGUACUCCAUGGGUGAGUCCUGGCUCGAUGUUUGGAGACUUACUUGCUAGUGAUGGCAUUGUGCACGAGUUUGGUGGACCACAUUUCCUUGAGGAUAUCCGGACCAUCAUGCAGGAGGAUGAGGCUGCAGCCGGACGGGUUCAUACGACAGGGACACAGACACCGCUGGACGUUGAUCUGAAUGAGCCUGCCACGGUAGCUCCUGCGCAUCCUUUUGCCAUGGGUGGGACCCCAGCAUCGGCGCAGAGUAUUGGAUCACACUCAGUUGCCGGCCCGUCCUCAUCCAGACCCGUCCAUGUACCGCCUAUGACCCCGAGACAGCCAGUUUCGGAUGACAGCGACGAGUCGAUUGAGGAUGAGGAGCCACUUAUUCGUAGGGGCUACCGGACACGGGUGCCACGCCGUUGCGGCACUGGAUCGCACCUGUUUAGAUGA